CGCGUCGCCCUUUGUUGAGAGCCCACGGACUUCGGCAGCCAUUCAAUGCUCCACCAAACGCUCAUCCCUUCCUUCUUUGCACCCUACGUCUCCGCCUCCUCCUCCCCGCCUUUCCUCCACGCCUCCGACGCCGCCACAGCACCACCGGCUGGUUCCUCCGUCCCCGUUCUCCUGCGCGGGCCCGCCAUGCCUUCCCUCGCGCACCACCAUAGCCCCCUGGAUGACGGGAGGACGGACGCGCUGAAGUGUAAUAAUAGCUUCGCUCCGGAGGAGACGGCGGAGGACGCGGCGGCCGCAGCCGCCGCCGGGGCGCUUGUUGAGAAAGACGGGUUCUCUGUCGAGGACCUUUUGGACCUUGAGGAGUUCGGCGAGCCUGACAAGGACGGCGCCGACAACGAAGAGGCGCCGCUGCCGCCGCCGCCGGCCGCGGCGGCCGAGGAGAAGUCGAACGGGGACUCCCAGCCGUUGUCGGUCGUGACGUACGAGCUCCCGCCGCCGCCGCCGGAGAUGGUUGACCUUCCGGCGCAUGACGUCGAGGAGUUGGAGUGGGUCUCCCGCAUCAUGGACGACUCGCUCUCCGAGCUGCCGCCGCAGCCGCACCCACCCGCGGCGCUGGUGGCGUCGCUGGCGGCGCGGCCCCCGCUGGCGCAGCAGCGGCGGGUGCCGCAGCCGCAUGUGCACGACGGCGCGUACCGUGCGCUGCCGCCGGCGCCCGGCCCGCUGCGGACCCCGACUAUCUGCGCGCUGUCAACGGAGGCGCUGGUGCCGGUCAAGGCGAAGCGCAGCAAGCGGUCGCGGGCACCGGGGUGGUCGCUCUCGGGCGCCUCGUUCUUGUCCGACUCGGCCUCGUCCUCGUCGACCACGACCACCUCCUCGUGCUCCUCGUCAGGUUCGUUCUCGCCGUUCCUGUUCCUGGACUCGGCCCCGUUCAGCAGCGGGCUGGAGCUGGCCGAGGGCUAUUACAACCACUUCCUGCCGGCGCCAGCGUCGAAGAAGUCCAAGCACGGCGGCGGCAAGGGCAGCAAGCACAAGCCCAAGAAGCGCGGGCGCAAGCCGAAGCACCUCCCUCCCAACCCCUCCGCCGCCGGCGCGGUCGCGUCGCAGCCGGCGCCGGGCGACCGCCGCUGCAGCCACUGCGGCGUGCAGAAGACCCCGCAGUGGCGCGCGGGGCCCGAGGGCGCCAAGACGCUGUGCAAUGCGUGCGGCGUCCGCUACAAGUCCGGGCGGCUGCUCCCGGAGUACCGCCCUGCAUGCAGCCCCACCUUCGUGAGCACCAUCCACUCCAACUCCCACCGCAAGGUGCUCGAGAUGCGCCGCAAGAAGGAGAGCGGCAUGGUCGCCACCGCCGCGCCUGCCGUCGCGUCGUUCUAGCUGCUGCCCCUCCCUGACAACAAGGAGGCUGGCCACCCAGCGGUGGCUGUACAUUUUUUCCGGCCGUAAUAGCCUUGUACCGUACCUGAAUUUCCCCCCUUUUUCUCUUCCUAGUGUCGUCGUCGUAGUUCCUUGGGUUAAUUAGAGUUUAGUAGUUUCGAUUAGGUCUGGUUAGGAUUAGCUCUGGUUCCAGUUAGGGUUCUACUGCAGACAGCAGCGGCGCAGCAGCAGCGCAGAACUUGAAUUUCUAGCAUUUCUAAAAAGGCAGUUUUUCUUUCUUCUUUC